AGUUCACUUCGGUUUUGCCCAGCAGUGAAACUGGACAGUUUCGGGGGAGCUGGUCUCCUUGCGAUUCCUGAUCUAUUCCUGUCCCCUACCCCCCUCGGUGGAUCUCGGCUUAUAGGAAAGGCUGAGUAACCAACUGAGGUCCUCCAUCUGGGAGUUCCUGAUGGGCCUUGGUGCGAAGUGAUUCCCCUCAGAAGCAGGAGACCAAAGCGAUCUCUCCCAGACAUGGAGGUGAAGGGGCAUCUGAUCACCUCAUCCAGCUACAGCUCUUCAGAGGCCUUGCAGCGGGAGCUCUGUCCCCGAAUUCGCCUGGAGCGGGUGCAAGAGCUCCUAGAAAAACAGCGGGCGCUGCAGCAGGUGCUCAGCCUGCGCCUUAAGGAGUUGCGCCGAGUCUGUUUGCAAGAAGCGGAGCUGACUGGAAAAUUGCCUCCAGAAUACCCACUAGAACCAGGAGAAAGGCCUCAGCCGGUGCGGAGGAGGCCAGCGGUUGCCUACCGAAUUCCCAUUGCCCUAAAGAAUGAGGAAGCCCCUUCGCUGGAGGAGCUGACCCGUGAGCUGGCGCUGCAACAGCAAAUGGCAGAAGCUGCCCGGCGCCUUGCAGUUGCCCCCGAUUUAACAGCCGACCAGCGUCGUCGCCGGAGGCAGGUCCAGGCAGACGCUGCCCAGCGCCUUCGGGAGCUGGAGGCCCAGGUCGCGGAGUGCCGGGCCCGGCUGGGCAAAGGGCCCCUCCAGAGGGGCAGCCAUGAAGAUGCUUUUCAUUCGGAGAGCAGCUCCCUCUCUGAAUCAGCCAGUCAUGAAAAUGACGACCCGCACAGCUUCCAUCCCUCCAAAGUUCCCAACCAUCAGGGGACUUUCCCUGACCGACCUUCACCCCCCAAGGCCCGAGAUCACCUCCGUGCCAUUUCCAGCAGCCCCGACCGCCGACCAGGGUGGCGCCUUUUGCAGCCGGAUCUAUACAAUGAAGUGAAAGACCGUAGGAACUCUGUGGCCAGCCCUACCAGCCCAAGCCGCACCCUCCCCAGGAGCGUGUCCAGCUUCGAGGGCCGGAGUGUCCCAGCGACACCAGUGCUAGCGAGAAAUGCUUGCAGUGGAAGCCACCAGUUCAGGUCAGAGGCUCCAGCUCUCCACCCCCGCCAGUGGUCAGGCAGCCAUGAUUCCCAGCUCGGCCCUCCGAGCCGCGACACCAGUGCUGACCGGGCCUCUCUCUUUGCCGCACGGACCCGCCGUAGCAACAGCUCGGAGGCCUUGAUUGAGCGGGCCCCUUCGGAGGACCCCCUCUUGCCCUCGGGCCCCACUUUCAAAAGUGCCGAGGCCCUGACCCCUUCCAUCUCAGGCCGGAACCCCCGCCCCCCUUACAACGACCUCCUGGUGGACUAUUACAUGGAGCGCAGGUGCUGGGGUGGGGGAGAGCACCUAUCGCGUAGGGAUGGGCCCCCGCAGCCCGAGUGGGGGGCCUUUCCCGAGAGCCCGCUGCAGCGCCGAGCCCGGCCCGCCGCCCGCACUAAAUCCUGUGGUCCGCUCUUUCCCCCCCAGUCCCGGGAGGUCGGUUAUGGGCCCCCGUUGCCCCCUCACCGUAACUUUCACAAAGCCCUGGCCCUGGAGGGCCUCCGGGACUGGUACUUGCGGAACGUGGGAGUCGGACAGCGGGGGGCGCCGGAGAGACGGGGGCCAGCUCCGUCUGUACACCAGCAGAUGCGCAGCUACUACGAACCAGCGCCCUCCAACUCCGAGAUGGGCUACUACGGGGGGCCAGGAGGGCUGCCCCACUCUGUGAGCUACGCCGGGCAGCCGCUCUACGGCAGACCCUUUGGGGAGCUGCUUUACAUGGAUGACUCUGCAGGCCAUUACACUUUGGACUCCACAGAGCACCCACCCCCUGGGACGUUGGUCUGAGCCCUGCUUUUUCCCCCAAGGGGAACUGGAGAUCUUUUUCUUCUUCUUUUUUCUUUCUUCGCUGGUGCCUCUUUUGUGUGUGUUACGCACCCAUGUUGGGGGUCGGGAUUCCCUGCUGGCAGGGUGUGUGUGUGUGUAUGUAUGUAUGUAUGUGUGAGACUGAGAGAGUGAGGAGGGAUUGUUGCAUGUCACACUGGACGCACAACUGAGGACAGGAAUGUGUCCCCAGUUCUUCCUACACAUUAACUCCCCCCCCCUAAAUUGCGAUAUUGGGGUUACAUGUUGACCAGACUCCACCUCCACUCCCUCAUGAAAGGGUUUUACUGCUGCAACUUGCGCCCUCUUGUGAUGGCUGGGGAGUUGUGCGACCUGACUGCCCUGGUGCUGUGGGUCAGGGUGCGGCAUUGUAAACCCAAGACUCUGGAAUGUACCAUUGGAGAUGUGUGUGUGUGUGUGUGUUGUGAAAUGUUAAAUAGCACAGACCCGCCAUCUUGCUAAUGAACAUCAGUCUUGUAAAAACAAAAGAUUGGGGGAGGGGGAACCUUAUAUCCCACAUGCCUCCUGUCGCCCCAAUAAUGAACAACUUCUGUUUAUCCUAAAUGUAUGUCCCCUUCAUACUCAGAUUGGACCUUUGCCAGGCCCAGAGAAAAGAAAGCCCACGUUCUGGAGUUGAUAAGGGGAGAAUCCAUGGGGUUUGGCUGCUUUCUCAGGCUCCACUUAGCGAGCCUUUUGUAUGGCCAGGCGUCUCUCUGCCGGGUGAAAUACCACAGGGAUGGAUUCAAGUCCUAAAUUACUGGCGUCGAUUCAGCUGAAUUAUUACAUAGAUGUGGAGGGUCAGGCUGUACCACCUGAAGUGCUAGUCUGUCGGGACUGUUCCGCCCGUUACAGUGAUUGUGGGAAAUGUGCAGGUUUUCACCAGCAGUUCCUACAGCAAACAGACCCGUGGGCAUCCCCUGUGACACCGUGCGCAACAAGAACUGCCUUCACACGUUAUGUGUUGGGUGUGGGAGAACAUCAGUGUUAUGCAGGUGCUUCCCACAACAAUCAUAAUACGCAGACCUGCCCUUCACAUUUCUAAAAGCACAGCCACGAACCUCUUCACACUCUCCUGGGUCCGUUUUCCCUGUCACUUGCCUCCCAACUUGACCCCCCGAAACCCUUCCUCUUUUAAAAAAAACAAUUAAGUUACAAAUGUGUCAUGUUUUGUCCUCCUCUCACAAUUGCACAACAAGGAAUGGUCACUUUGUUUAAACUCUGUUUUUGCCAGUUGAGUCCAGAUCAUAGGGGGUGGCGUGUGUAGGGGGAGACAGAAUGGCUCCGGCUUCCCCUCCCCUGCCCUCCCUCUGUGAAGGAACAAGGGCCAUAUCAGAGUCACUGCUGUCUUGUGUGUCUUUUUAAUAUACACUAAUGUACAGAUUGUAUAUGGGGGUCUGAAUGUAAAACGGAGCACUGUGCAGAUGAAAUGAGAAAAUGUUUCUAUAAUAAAGAUUGUAAAGGUGA